AUGAUCAGUGAGUUGCCUGAAGCUUUGCUUCUACAGAUAUUGUCUUUACUUCCAACAGAAGACGUCGCAGCCACUAGUGUCUUGUCUAAACGAUGGCGUACUCUUUGGAAAGUGGUGCCUAAGCUCAAGUUUAUACACGAUGGCCUGACUGGUCUCCAGACAUUUUCAGAAAAUGUUGGCAAGACUUUGCUUUCACACAAGGCUCCUGUUCUACAGAGUUUGCAUCUCCUUGUUAGUUUUGACAAAGAGGCUAGUAUGGAUCUUGGAGUAUUAAUCGGGAUUGCAUUUGGACUCCAUGUGCGUGAGUUAAAACUCGAAGUUUACUGCGAGGAAGGGUUAUUCACAUUUCCCCGAAGUUUGUAUAACUGUGAAAAACUAGAGACUUUGAAACUCGUUACUUCUUGUGGCUCAAUUCUUGUAGAUGUCCCUUCUUCGGUUUGUCUCAAGUCCCUUAGAACUCUACUCCUUCACGAAGUGGAAUACAAGGACGACGAAUCCGUUGUCAACCUUUUGUCUGGCUGUGUUAGUCUUGAAAAUUUGGUGGUCAAACGAAAAAGACAUGAUGUUGUGAGGACUUUCACUAUAGCAGUGCCAUCCUUACAAAGGCUAACAAUUACUGAUCAGACUAAUGAUUCGAGCUAUGUGAUAAAAGCUCCUUUUUUGAAAUACUUGAAGAUCCAAGGGUUUAGUGGUCUUGGUUCUUGUCUGUUUGAGAACGCCCCUGAGCUUGUGGAGGCAAAUAUUAGCAUCGAUUAUGUAAUCAGUGAGAACAUUUUGGGAUCACUCACUUCAGCUAAACACCUUUCCUUGAAUAUAUCACCCGUGGAGUGUACGUUUCCCGCCGGUAAAAUCUUUCAUCAGUUGGCACAUUUGGAGAUAUGUACUUAUAAAGCCGAGUGGUGGAAUCUACUUACGCUCAUGCUUGAUACUUCUCCUAGAUUACGAGUCCUCAAGCUCAUUGGUGGUACCAGAACUCGAUGGGAUAUAUACAGUGGAGGUAUGGCUUGGGGAAAAUGGAUUCAACCAAAAAAUGUUCCCGAAUGUUUGUUGUUCCACCUUGAAACGUUCGUCUUGUCCGUGUGGACAUGUCACAAAGGGAAACUAGGGGAUGAGAAAGAGGUGGCCAAAUACGUUCUAAAGAACGCAAGUCGGUUGAAAAAGGCAACUCUCUCCAAAAAUGACGUUAAUUUGGAAGAGAGAGUUAAGUUGGUCGAUGAGUUGGAAAGUGUGGUCAGGGCUUCGAGUUCAUGUCAGCUUGUGUUCGAAUGA